AUGAUGAGCACCGAUUACGAAGUUUCUUCCAAUGCCUUUGGGUCUAACACCCAGAUCCAUCAGGGUACAUGUAAUACAGUCAUACACAACUACAGUUCAAACGCGUCGCGUAAAGCCUACUUCAUGCUUCCUUUCCCCCCCAACGAAAAUAUCAUUCGUCGUCCAGAAAUCUUCACCAAACUUGACAAGCUCUUGGCGCGUUCUAAGGACGGUCACUACUGUAGUGCUGCUCUAUGGGGUCUUGGAGGAUCGGGCAAGACUCAGAUCGCCCUCGAUUACGCCUAUCGCCGGAGCCAUGAAGAUCCUGCUUGCGACAUCUUCUGGGUGCAUGCUGACAAUGAAACAAGUUUCGCACGAGAUUAUCAAAGAAUUGCCAGGACGCUCAACCUGGACUAUAAAGUCAACGGCGAAGAGCUGUUCCUCACAGUCUGUGACCUUAUUGGCUCGCUUCAGCGUUGGCUCUUGAUCCUCGACAAUGUAGACGAUUUGACACUCUUCGGUGUUGAUGUUGGCGGCCAAAUCAAGAGCUUGUUCGAGUACAUACCACACGGUCCUGAAGGAACUGUUUUAUGGACUAGCCGGGAUGAACAAAUCGUUAGUCUGGUCGGCCCGUUAAGAGGUGUUCAAGUCUCACACAUGCUCAUCGAAGAGGCCGAAAGUUUACUUGCUAUGACGAGAAGAGAGGAUAUUAGAGCUGAUGAGAUCGAAGAAGCCAAACUACUGCUUCAAGAGCUUCAGUGGCUCCCAUUGGCCAUCUCCCAAGCAGGUACAUACAUGCAGAGGACUUCGACGCCUAUCAAGAAAUAUUUAUCAAAACUCCUGGAAGGGAAAAGCAGAUGGGAUGUGUUGAAACAGUCUCAGCAUGACAGACACAGGAGGCCGAAUGUAUCAAACAGUGUUCUUGAAACGUGGAAUAUUUCGAUCUCGCACAUUCGAAAAGAGAGCGAAAUAACUUACAAGGUUCUCCACACUAUCGCGUAUCUUGACAGCGAGAGGAUUCCAUUGUCAUUUAUCUUGGCCGCAUCAAGCGACAAUAAGCCAGAGAAAGAGACGCCAUCUCACAGCGAGGAGGAAGUGCUGAAAGUGAUCAUUCCUCGACUAAAGGACUUCUCAUUCAUCAGCGAGCGCAAAGAAGAAAACUGUGAUGAGCCUAGCUUUGAUAUGCAUAAGCUGGUACAAUAUGCCAUUCGAUACCAGCUUAACACAGAUGAUUUUACUCUGGAGACAUACUUUGCAACUGCUGCUCUCAGAGUCGUUACAAGUCUAUUCCCCAAAGAAAUCACGAUAGAGACAAUGCGCUUAUGUGAGAAAUAUGCAACGCAUGCGAUACAGGUCAGCUGUUGGGCGGAUCUGUCCGAGAAUGUAACCACAACGUCUUCAUUCUUGAUAGACGUGACAAAAUAUUUCGUUUACUGCGGAGCAAAGAGAAAGGGAGAAUAUAUGGCAAAAAGAGCAUUCGACCUAUUGAAAAAUAAUACUGGCAAGACACACUCACUAAAUAUGAUAGGUGUCUUACACGAUAUCAUCUAUAUGAAGAUAUGCCAGGAACGGUGGGAAGAAGCAGAGAGAAUGACAUUAGGAACAGUGGCAGGGUUGGAGCAAGUGUUUGGCAAGAACAAUUUCAUCGCCAUUGCCACCAGUGGGAUUCUCGUAUCAAUAUAUCGUUAUCAAGGCCGGUAUAAAGAAGCUGAGGAGCUUCAAAUAAAGACGCUUCAUUAUCGACAGAAGUUUUAUGGGUGGGAAGAUAAAUCGACGAUUGAUGCUAUGGCAGAACUUGCAUCAAUAUACAAAGACCAAAAACGAUAUGAUGAAGCUCAAAAGCUCAAGAUCAAAACCUUAGCGUUAUAUUCUGAAGUUCUCGGUGAAAGGCACCCAGAGACACUUGAAGCCAUGGAGAGCCUUGCAGAAACGUACAUAUUGGCAGGAAACAGCAAGGAAGCUGAAGAGCUUGACCUCAAGCUUCUCUCGCUAGGACAAGAGUUCCCUUGGGAAGAAUAUCCCAGGGGGCUUGAUUUUGCGACGCUUGUAACAACCUUUUCCGCAUUACGCCUGACCAGAAAAACCAGGAGUAUUCAGAAGAGAAUCCUUUCGUUAUUACAGAAAUCCCUAGGAGAUCGAAGCCUUUUUACUAUUUGUGCAAUGACGUCGCUUGCGGCGUCGUACCUUUGUCAAGAAGACAGGGAACUUCGAUCAAAAGGCAUGGAGCUUGGUCUAAAGGUGGCUACCGUCAUUCGUGAGGUUCGCAGGGACAAUGACAAGGAACCCAUUGAGUCCAUGGCGCUGACUUCAAGUAUAUGUCAUUUCGGUGGGCUGAUUGAAGAGGGUAAACGACUUGAAUUGGAAGCCAUGUCAUUGAUGCAAAGCACAUAUGGAGGCACAUCUGCGCAGGAACUUGUGCUCAAAUUUAACAGGGUGACCACCAUUCGCAAAAGAAAGUCUGCCAACCGGUGCAGGCUUUGCAGACUGCUGAAAAUGCUGUCACCUGAAUUGAAAAAGGGAUGGCCUCGUUGGGUGCUUCUCAUCUUAUGGUUGAUCAGUAACGGCCUCAGUGUAUUUAGCAGUUGGAAGUUGUCGGUACUACUACGGGCACCUAGGUUGACGAAGGGAUACCCUGAUCAAGAACGUGAAUGUGUACCCAUCGUCGAAGCGAUACUCAGUCACAUCGUCACAUUCGCAUUUUGGAGGUUUGCUACCGUUCAAGAUCCGCGAACAUAA